ACACAUUUUAGGAUAAUGAUUGAAAUUAAAUCAAAACUUACGGUUGCUUUUUUAAGAGGCUACUACAUAAAGCUAGCAAAAUCCUAGCAAGCAAUGCGAGCUUCUGCAAGGCACAUCUCCCCCACUCAUCCAACUCUUCAUUUUGCACACGCGACCCUUGAAUCCUUCAUCUGGAACACCCUCAUACGAGGCAAUGCUCAGGCUACAGCUAGACCCACGUUCCCCACAAUCUCCAUCUACAUUCGUAUGCGCUUCCAUGGCGUUUCACCUGAUUUCCAUACUUUCCCAUUCCUCCUGCAAUCAUUCAAUUCCUCAUUUCACCUUCUCUCAGGUAAACAAAUCCAUGCCCAAACUAUCCUCUUCGGCCUCGUCCAAGACCCAUUUGUCCAAACGUCACUCAUCAACAUGUACUCAUCUUGUGGCGACUUAAUUGUUUCCCGUCAAGCUUUCGACGAGAUCACCCAACCUGACGUAGCGUCUUGGAAUUCAAUUAUUCAUGCCUAUGUUAAAGUGGGGUUGAUCGAUUUAGCACGGGGUUUAUUCGAUAAAAUGCCGGAGAGAAAUGUGAGAUCUUGGAGUAGCUUGAUAAAUGGGUUUGUGAGGUGUGGGAAAUAUAAGGAAGCGCUUGCUUUGUUCCGUGAAAUGCAAAUGUUGGCAGUUAACGAUGUUAGGCCAAAUGAAUUUACAAUGUCUGCUGUACUUUCUGCUUGUGGGCGUUUGGGUGCUCUGGAGCAUGGGAAAUGGGCUCAUGCUUACAUUGACAAAUGUGGGAUAAAAAUUGAUGUUGUCUUGGGAACUUCUUUGAUAGACAUGUACGGAAAAUGUGGGAGUAUUGAAAAGGCGAGGGAUGUGUUUAGUAAUUUAGGUCCUGAUAAAGAUGUGCUGGCUUGGAGUGCUAUGAUUUCUGGCCUGGCUAUGCAUGGCCAUGGUGAUGAAUGCCUUAAAUUGUUUUCGGAGAUGAUAAAACGACAGGUGAGGCCGAAUGCUGUAACAUUUUUGGGUGUACUUUGUGCUUGUGUACAUGGAGGUUUGGUGAACGACGGAAAGGAGUAUUUUCGGAGGAUGAGCAAGGAGUUUGGUAUCAUUCCUUCGAUACAGCACUUCGGUGCCAUGGUUGACCUUUAUGGAAGAGCUGGUCUCAUUGAUGAAGCAUGGAAUGUGGUUAAAUCUAUGCCUAUGGAGCCUGAUGUGCUCGUAUGGGGGUCCCUGUUGAGUGGAUCCAGGAUGUGUGGGAACAUUGAAACAUGCGAGGUUGCACUCAGGAAGUUAAUUGAGUUAGAUCCCACAAAUAGUGGUGCAUAUGUGCUCCUUUCAAAUGUGUACGCAAAGACGGGCAGAUGGACAGAAGUAAGGCGUGUGAGAGACGUCAUGGAGGGUAGGGGGAUUAAGAAGGUUCCUGGAUGUAGUUUGGUUGAGAUGGGAGGUGUCCUCCACGAGUUUUUUGUGGGAGAUGAUUCUCUUCCAGAGAGCAGAGAGAUAUACAUGAUGCUUGAUGAGAUUAUGAAGAGAUUGAAGUUGGAGGGUUAUGUGGGAAACACCAAGGAGGUUUUGCUUGAUUUGGAUGAGGAAGGAAAGGAGUUGGCACUAUCCCUUCAUAGUGAAAAGAUAGCUAUUGCCUUUUGCUUCUUAAAGACAAGUCCAGGUAUUCCUAUUCGCAUCAUCAAGAACCUUAGGAUAUGUCUUGAUUGUCAUGUUGCAAUAAAAAUGAUAUCUAAGGUGUUUGCCCGAGAGAUUGUUAUUAGAGACUGCAAUAGGUUUCACCAUUUUAGAGAGGGAGCAUGUUCUUGUGAAGAUUACUGUUGGAAGCAUCACCAGCCGUCGCCGGGGCUCCGCCUUUGUCGGUGGAGAGCUCGGGCGAUCCUACGUGUCUUUACUGGAUGUUUGAACAGUGAAGGGAGGCUGAUUAAAAUGGUCUUAGUACGUAAGCAAGCUGCUGAUGACAGCAUGUUGGGGAUUUCCAGUAUUUUGGAAGAUGAAAAAUGUGAAAGUUUUUUGCUUUUUUAUGGUGAAACUCUGCUUGGGAAUGGGUUACGAGCCUUCCUGUAUUUUCUUGGCCUUGCUUAUUGCUUCAUUGGGUUGUCAGCCAUAACUGCUCGUUUCUUCCGAUCAAUGGAGAAUGUUGUGAAACACACACGUACAGUUGUAGAGAUAGAUCCUGUCACUAAUACUGAAAUUUAUAGACAAGAAAAGGUGUGGAAUUAUACUAUUGCAGACAUUACUUUGCUUGCCUUUGGGACUAGCUUCCCUCAAAUAUCUUUAGCUACUAUUGAUGCCAUUCGAAACAUUGGGGAUCUGUAUGCUGGAGGUUUAGGUCCAGGAACUCUUGUUGGUUCGGCUGCAUUCGACCUUUUCCCCAUCCAUGCUGUCUGUGUUGUAGUUCCAAAAGCUGGAGAGUUGAAAAAAAUAUCUGAUAUAGGUGUUUGGCUAGUGGAGCUCUUUUGGUCCUUUUGGGCUUAUGCUUGGCUGUACAUAAUUUUAGAGGUAUGGACACCAAAAGUGGUUACGCUUUGGGAGGCCUUAUUGACAGUACUGAUGUACGGACUACUGCUGACUCAUGCAUAUGCUCAAGACAAACGUUGGCCUUAUAUAUCUCUGCCCAUAGAGAGAACUGAGAGGCCUGAGGACUGGGUGCCAGCAGAGGUUGCCUCAGUUAAACAUGAGGGUGAUGCCUGUGAUGGAUACUCUGAGAUACUUCCAGUUGAAGAAAAUGAAGGGAAGGACACUGUUGAUAUCUUUUCCUUUCAUUCAGAAAUUGGGGCAGGCUCUUCUUAUCAAAAGGUGUCCACAAUCGAAGAUUUAGUCGAAACCUCGACUAGACCCUUUCAGAAGGAGAUCGAUUUAGAAGAUCCUCAUGUGCUUGAACUUUGGAAAACACAAUUCCUGGAUGCACUCACAUUGGAAAGCCCUGAAUCAAGAAAACUGAACAACAUCCAUCUUCGGCUAGCAAGUAUUGUUUGGCAGUCACUACUUGCACCCUGGAGAGUUCUGUUUGCCAUUGUGCCUCCUUAUCAAAUUGCUCAUGGAUGGAUUGCCUUCAUUUGCUCUCUACUUUUCAUCAGUGGGAUAGCUUACAUUGUAACAGAGCUGACGGAUCUUAUAAGCUGUGUCACAGGGAUAAAUGCUUAUGUCAUAGCGUUUACAGCAUUAGCUGCUGGCACUUCAUGGCCAGAUUUAGUAGCAAGUAAGAUUGCUGCUGAACGUCAGAUAACAGCUGACUCUGCUAUAGCAAACAUUACUUGCAGCAAUUCAGUGAAUAUUUAUGUGGGCAUUGGCAUUCCGUGGCUGAUUGAUACUGCAUACAAUUUCAUAGCAUAUAGAGAACCAUUGCGGAUACAAAAUGCAGGGGGACUCAGCUUCUCUCUGCUUGUAUUCUUCUCCACCUCUGUAGGCUGUAUUUUGGUAUUGGUGAUUAGGCGCCUGACACUGGGGGCGGAGCUCGGAGGCCCUAGGAUUUGGGCCUGGGUUACCAGUGUAUUCUUCAUGUUGCUUUGGAUUAUAUUUGUGGUCCUCUCUUCCCUUCGAGUUUCUGGCAUCAUAUGAGAAUGAGUAUAUUCUUUUGCACCAAAAAGACGGUAUUUUCUUUUCAUUCUUUUGACCAACUUCUUAGAAGUUUGUUCCCCUCUCAGUGCCCAUAUAUAUCUAUAACUAUAUUUAAAGGAAACCGUUUUUGGGCUUUUUUGCUUGACACUUGACAAUGUAAAGUGCUCCACACUUUACAAUUUAAAGGAAGUAGGUGUUGGGGAA